CCCUCUCUCUCUCUCUCACACACAUCAUCAGAAUGGGCAGCAGAGCAGCUCUGCUUCUGCGAGCAACUCCGCCGCUUUUCAGCUUCAGGAAAAGUGCUUAUCCAAAAAAUGCACAUGUGCGGAGCAAGCGAUUUUACGCCCAGAAAUCGAGUCUAGACCCUCCGGAUGUUUCACGCUUGGCUGAGACGGCUCGAAUUUCUCUCACCCCACAAGAAGUUGGCGAAUUUGAGCCCAAAAUCCGGCAAAUGAUCGACUGGUUUGCACAACUUCAGUCCGUUGACCUUGACAGUGUUGAACCAGCGAUAAGAGCAGAUACUGAAGGCGAUGACAAUCUGCGUGAUGAUGUGCCAGAAGCAUUUGAUAAUAGGGACGCUAUAGUCGCUGCCGUGCCAACCUAUGAGGACCCUUAUAUCAAAGUCCCCAAAGUGUUGAACAAGGAGUGAUGUAAUUCAUAUUCAUGCGCCGCGCCUUCUUUCCUCAACAUGCUGCAAAAUCUAUUCCAAUGGCCCAUUUCGAAUUCAAAGCGGCCCAUUACGAAAUUCUUGGCCCACUGAACAACCCGCAUGCUGGGCAAGAAUGCCUACUACAAACCGGGAAGUGCAAGAUACUGUACCUUUAUACUCCUCCUCACAGCCAAUAUUAGACUGCCAUCUAGUUCAUCGACUACCAUGAAGGCUGCCAAAGUGAAAACUUUAGUUAUCCAGAAGUAGUUGUUCCUGUUUAUUAAAGUAACAUAAUAUGAUUGAUAAGGGAAAUAUAUUGAAUUAGCAAGAAGACCAAACUAUAUUCAAGAAAAUAAGAAAUGUCUAAACACUUCGAAGGUCCACAUGUUUUUAAGUGGGUUGGGUCGCAUCCGACUCGCAUGACCCGACUGUUAAAAAAGCCAUUGAUUUGGUGCCCAUUCAAUGA